AAUAAAGUGGAUAAUUUAAACUUCGAAAAUGCUUUUCAUAUUAUUAAUAAACUUGGUGAUGGAGGUUGGGGAGAAUUAUAUAAAGUUCAAGAUAAAUCCAACAAUAAAUAUUAUGCUUUAAAGAAGUUGACUUUAAAUGAUAAAGAGAAACAAUACGUUUUGAAUGAAACUCAAAACCUAAUAAAACCUGGAUCAAAGUUUGUGAUUCAAUACUACCAUUCAUGGGUUGAAUCCAAUUUUCUUUACCAUCAAAUGGAGUUAUGUUUAGAUAAUUUGACAAAUGUUUUAAAAAUCAAGGAUUCAUUGUUUAGUGAAAUAAUGAAUAUUUUGGAAUUUCAUAUUUCGUAUUAUAUAUUUUAUAAACUGGUAAAAUGUGUCCAAUAUUUACAUGAAUCAGAUAUACCAAUAACUCAUAGAGACCUUAAACUGGAAAAUGUUUUCAUUUCAAUGGACGGACGAAUUAUUUUGAGUGGUCUAUUUUUGGCUAAAGAAGUGGUUAAUGAUCUUAUGUAUUCAGACGUUGGAGAUUUAAGAUAUCAGGCACCUGAAGUUGGUACGGACACAAAUGGAUACAAUCAUUUGAUAGAUAUCUAUAGUCUAUCUAUGAUUGGGGCUCAAAUUUUUGGUUUCGAUAUAUACGAUAUUUUUGAUGGAAAG